UUUCGGUUAGUUUGGAUAUGGUAAUAAGAAAACCAUUCGGAUAUCUGAAGAUCUUCGGUUCGGUUCGGUUUGGAUAUCUUUCUGUUCGGUUCGGUUCGGUUAUUAAAUCGGUUAACCAAAAAUUAACCGAAACCGGAAUAACCGACUAAAAACCGAAAUAACCAAAAAUUGACCAAUAACCGGCAUAGAACUCAAGUAAAAAAACAGACGGAUUCACAAUUUACAAAGAUGCAAAUAUGGUCCAUACUUUCCAGAAUGUUAAAACACCUGAUUCACAACUUACAUAAUAAAAAGAAGAACAUACUAGUUCUAACUAGUCAAGCAAAAGAGAUAAGAGAAAAGUGUCAAAGCACAUUAAGCCGAGGCAUUAGUAGAAAAAGUGUCAAACCACACAUUAAGCCGAGAUAAGAGAAAAAGUGUCAAAACUCAUUGAGGCAUUUCAUCAAACACUUGAUAGACCAAAAUUGAUAAAAUCAUAAAAUCAUCAUCCCAAAGAUUAAAACCAAAAGAACAUAUUUAAUAGUCACAAAGUUGCACAAAAACAAGACAAAACAAACAGAUCUUUAACAUAAACUUAGUGCUAAGAACUACAAAGAGCUAAACAACUUAUGUGAAAUGACAAAGACAGAAUAAAUCAUAAAUCCAUGGCUAAUUAAGAGAGAAAAUUCAGAGAAAGAGAGGAUUCAAAGCUUUACCUUCGAAGAUGACUGAGGCGAAGAUUGAUAUGGAGUUGAUGUCUCCAGCUUUAGCUAUUUAUAAUACUAGGGCUACUGUCUUAAAGUCGAAGUCGGGAAAGGAAAACCAAACGUCCUCUAUACAUAUAUGAUUGAAGUCGGAAAACCCAAACGUCCUCUAUACAUAUAUAUAUAUAUAUAUAUAUAUCAAAUAUAUGUAUACAUAUGCUUCGGUUAUCUUUUGGUUAUCGGUUACUAACCGAAACCGAACUUUGAGACAUAUAAUAUCCAACCGAUUAUUUUAAGCUAUCCAAAUCCGAACCGAACCAUGUUUUUCGGUUCGGUUCGGUUCGGUUAAUCGGUUAGCGGUUUUUUUGCCCAGGCCUAUCUACAAGUAACUAAAUUAGAUAUUUUUCUUUUUCACAUGUCACAGACUCACAUGACUAUGUGUGGUUUAUACUUUACUUUAGAGUUUUAGCACUGUUGCUAUGUUUAAAAAUUUGAGGUAAGUGAGGGUAAAAUAGGUAUUUGGCUAUUCACUCAGUAGAUUCUCACCAGUCUUUGUAAGAGGUGGACCCCUCUGUUUUUUCUUACUUCCUAUCAAAGUAUCAAGAUUUGACCCGAUUUGAAUAAUUCUUUUUUUUUCUUUUGUUUUGGGUUCACUUUUGUUCAGCAACGAAGAUAGAUUUGCGGAAAUUUUAUUGUCUUUUGCUUGUAUAAUAAAUAGACAAGAAACAUUAGAGGAUCACAACUCACAAGUCAUAACAACAAGUUAGUAUAUUUUUGUUUAUACUGCCACAAAAUUGUACUAUAUCUGUAUAUUUUAUACAUAGCCAAACACAAGUAUCCAAAGAAUAUUGGUCCGGAUUUGCUGGAUCGAGAUUAGAGGGAUAAUAAAAGUGAUAAAUCGUCGAGAGUGUUUGUGUUUGGUGCGUCACAUAAGUGAUUAUAGUCCAAACCAGAGUCUGAACAAAAAAAUUUCUCAACUCUACGUCAAAUUUUAUGAUUUUUUUCUUUCCAGAUUUAGUUUACUUGGUGGUACUUAAAAAAGAAAAACUAACAUUAGAGUAAAAUCAUACUCCGAAAUAUAUAUAUCAUUGAGCGAAAAUUGAAGUUUGUGCUAGAUUGGGCUGGGCCUGAAUGGGCUGUUCCAUCAACGACGAUGAAAACGGACAGGUCAAUUCGGGCCGAUCCGGUCUGAUCAAUUAUGAAAACCAGAAACGAAGAAGAGCGGUUAAAGUCUGUUAACAGAUUAAGAACUUAUGGGUCUUGACUCAAACCCCUAAUUCUCUGAUAAACCCUAGUCUUGAGGCAAAUCCCAUGAGACGAUUUCUUCAAAGAGUUCCCACUUUGUUGGCUCGAAAUUUCCUUCACUCGCCCGCCAAUUUCCGUCAUUCGAACAUCAACCCUCGUGUUGUUGUUGUUCCUCUCUUCGAACGAGCUAUUUCCCGAUUCGUCUUCUUCUCUUCCGAGUCGGACUCGGCGCGUGGUUUCAAAAACGACGAGGUUCUUUCUAAAGAAGAGCUGAAAAAGAGAAUUCAAAGCUUUUUGGAUGAUGGAGAUGAAGAUUCAAUUCCUGACUUAUUUGAGGCAAUGAUGAUUAGGAAGUUAUCAGGGAAGCACGAUGAUAGCGACGAUGAGGUGAUGGAGGAGGUACGUAAGUAUCCAGUUAACGAUGCACAUAAGGUCGAUGAAACUGACUCUGAUAUCGAGAGUGAUGGCCAUGGUGAUUCGUCUGAUUCAGAUAUCGAGACUGAUGGCCUGAGAGAUGGUGAUUCGUCUGAUUCAGAUAUAGAGAGUGACGGCCUUGGUUUGAGAGAUUGUGAUUCGUCUGAUUCCGAUAUAGAGUUUGAUGGCCUGAGAGAUGUUGGCUUGUCUGAUGUCAAUAUCAAGAUUGAUGAUGGCCUGAAAGCUAAUCGCUCGUCUUAUUCUGACUCUGAAAGUGAUUAACAUGACUUAUGCACUGCAUUGAAGAUUAUGCAACUGCAUAGUGAAUGGAAACAGACCAGCUUUUGGUCCAUGUUCGCUGUAAGUUCCGACUUUCGAAUAGAAUUAGAAAUUAGAGUCUUAUUUCGUACUGAAUUAAAAUAUAAUUUAUGAAGGUGUUCUCU